CAAAACCACCAACAGCCGGCAAGGCCAGUUAGAAGUGUCAAACACAUACUUUUUAAAGACGUGAUUAUUUAACGAAAUUUUUUCUUCUAAAUUUAUUAAAAAUAUAUAAUUUCCUAAAAUAAAGGCAUGAUUGGCCUUCGUGCAUCUAUGCGCUGUAAUGCAGCAUCGUUGAAAUUGUAUCGAAAUACGUUGUCCUCGACCAAACUGUUUCAACUCGACAAUGCAACACCUACAACUCUACUAAAUACAAGGCCAUUAGUUAUUUCAUCGCAACCGGCAAUUCUCAGUGGACAAUUGCUGCAAGCCCGACACUAUGCCACAAAAUCCAACGAUAUAGGUCUAGACACCAACGCUUUGCAGAGGGUAUAUUAUGGUUCAUUGGCCCCACGAAUGAAAGCCGUAAAAAUCUUUUCAUUGUCCACAAGUUUGGCUGGCCUGGCUGCCCAGCCAAUUCUAAUGGAACAGGGAAUGAAAUUGGGUGGUACUGGCAUGGCUGUAUUUCUUUGCGGUUUUGCGGGCAUAUUUACUUUUGUUACUCCUUUCUUGCUGCAUUUCAUUACCAAGAAAUAUGUUACGGAGAUACAUUACAAUCCUCAGACAGAAGAAUAUGUGGCUACCACAAUAUCAAUUAUUCUACAGAAAAUUCAGACAAAAUUUCGACCCAGUGAUGUAAAGGUUCCUGAAGUUCCUGGAAUGUUUACUUCAUUCAUGGUAGGUAAUAAAGCCUUGUUUGUGGAUCCCGCAUUAUUUGACGACCCAGAACAUUAUGUGCGAAUCAUGGGAUAUGACAAACCCAUUGAUCUUAAAUUAGAAUUAACAGAAACGCCAACGCCUAGCAAAUCUAAUAAAUAAUUAGAAAAAUUGUAUAAA